CCAGCGGAAAAGCAGAAAACAGCAGACGCGCUCCAGCCUUCGUGCGUAAAGGCGCAUCUGCGCCACGCGCAGCUUUUAACGCGCUUACUUCGAUUUUUUGCACUAGAAUCAGUCACCAAUUUUCAUUCACCUGCGGAUUCUAGUCCUAUAAACCCAGAUUAUGUGGACUCCACUGUGUGCGCAGCGCUGGUUCUGUGCGCAGGUGGUGCGCGCACGUCCCGCACGGACUCAGCAGCACUGCUGGCGCACCGCCAGGUCCAGCACGCUCCCAACCUCCUCUCCUUACGGUGCUUCUACUCACUUUACACCACCCCUUCUUCUGGGAGAAGGCUGGACGGGGGACUACGGGAGCUGAAGGAGGUGGAGCAGAGGUAGAGGAGGAAAGCGAGGGGGGCGACGGGAGCCCUUGGCCGCCUAUUCGCCUUCCAGUUGCCUCCGCACUAUAUAAACACUCAUUGGUGCCUCUGGCUGGACGCACACGCACAGUUUGCACACGAAUUCGCACGCACACACACUGAGGGUGAAGAGAGAGAGAGAGAGAGAGAGAGAGAGUGAGAGAGAGAGAAAGAGAGAGAGAGAGAACGACAGAAAGUCAGAGCAGCAGCAGGAGGACGGAGCAUCUUCUGAGCAUCACUGCAGCUUCACGGAUCCAAGAACUCCUCCAUACCCGGUGCCUGACCCGGUUCUGCUGCUUGACCCGGUUUUGGUGACCCAGAGACACUCUUAAAGACGACUUUUAAACUUUUUAAAAACAUUUUUUACUUUUUGGGGAGUUGACACAGACUCGAUUAUUGGAAGUUUCCCACCAAAACCAAAUCUUUCCAUCCCUCGAGAAGUUUAACAAACUUUUCUGGGCUCGCUCGGCUUGAUUUUUGCUCCACGUGUUCAGAUUCUGACAGGAAUGAGUCACAUUCCGACUUUUUAGCCCCAAACUUUCAAAACAAAGUUUAUUUUUAAACCAGGUACCCACAAAGAAAUAGUGAAAAUGAGCGUUCCCGCAUCAGGACCGUGCUCAGUCAGGUGCGAUUCCAGAUGUUGAAAAAAUUAGUGAGGCUUCAGCUCUACACCUGUAGCUUCUCUUCCGCUCUGACUCGCUUCUUGGAGACGCAGAAGCACCUUUUUCUGCCUGUUUACAUCUGAGUGAAGAGAAUCACUGUUCAUUCAUUCUUUAUCACAUCCAGAGCGCGUUGGAACGCGUAAAGAGGCGCUGCGCUUUUUACGCACAGUUUUUUUUAUCUAUAAAAGAGGAAAACUGCUAUCCAGGUUUCGUUUCAAGGUUUUCUGAAGACUUCCAGAGGGCUCACCAUGCUGUUCGACAGCUUUGACCUGGUGUCGGCUCUGGCCACGCUGGCCGCCUGCCUGGUGUCCAUGGCGCUGCUGCUCGCUGUCUCCCAGCAGCUGUGGCAGCUCAGAUGGACCGCCACCCGGGACAAGAACUCCAAACUGCCCAUGCCCAAAGGAUCCAUGGGCUUCCCCUUCAUUGGAGAGACCUGCCACUGGCUCCUGCAGGGUUCGAGUUUCCACGCAUCACGGAGACAAAAGUAUGGCAACGUGUUCAAGACCCACCUCCUGGGCCGCCCUCUGGUUCGGGUCACGGGUGCCGAGAACAUUCGUAAGGUUCUGAUGGGCGAGCACACGCUGGUGACAGUGGACUGGCCUCAGAGCACCUCCACCCUGCUGGGACCCAACUCUCUGGCCAACAGCAUCGGAGACAUCCAUCGCAAGAAGAGAAAGGUGUUUGCUAAAGUGUUCAGUCACGAAGCCUUGGAGUCGUACCUCCCUAAAAUCCAGCAGGUCAUCCAAGAGAGCCUCCGAGUGUGGAGCUCCAACCCAGAGCCCAUUAAUGUCUACAGCGAGAGCCAAAGGUUGUCAUUCAUCAUGGCUUUGAGGGUCCUGCUGGGUUUCAGGAUAUCUGAGGAGGAAAUGAGGCACAUGUUCUCAACGUUCCAGGACUUUGUUAACAACCUCUUCAGCCUGCCCAUAGACCUGCCUUUCAGCGGCUUUAGGAAGGGAAUCCGUGCUCGGGACAUCCUCCAGAAGAGCAUCGAAAAGGCCAUCCGGGAGAAGCCGCUGUGCUCUCAGGGGAAGGAUUACAGUGACGCUCUAGACGUCCUGAUGGAGAGCGCCAAAGAGAACGGCACUGAGCUCACCAUGCAAGAGCUUAAGGAAUCAACCAUUGAGCUGAUCUUUGCUGCCUUUGCCACUACUGCCAGCGCAAGCACCUCGUUGAUCAUGGCGCUCCUUCGCUACCCUCAGGUUCUAGAGCGCCUCAGAGAGGAGCUCAGAGCUAGGGGACUUCUUCACAAUGGCUGCCUCUGCCCGGAAGGAGAACUGAGGCUGGACAUGAUCGUCAGCCUGAAGUACCUGGAUUGUGUCAUCAAGGAGGUGCUGAGACUCUAUACACCCGUCUCAGGGGCCUACAGAACAGCAGUGCAGACCUUCGAAUUAGAUGGAGUCCAGAUUCCAAAGGGUUGGAGUGUGAUGUACAGCAUUCGGGACACUCAUGACACAGCUGCUGUCUUCAAAGAUGUGGAAGCUUUCGAUCCCGACCGCUUCAGUCAAGAGCGAAGUGAAGACAAAGAGGGCCGCUUCCACUACCUGCCCUUUGGUGGUGGAGUCAGAUCCUGUUUGGGAAAGCAGCUCGCUACCCUUUUCCUUCGCCUACUGGCUAUCGAGUUGGCCAGCACCAGUCGCUUUGAGCUGGCCACUCGGCAGUUCCCACGUGUGACCACGGUUCCCGUGGUUCACCCUGUCGAUGGGUUAAAGGUCAAGUUCUAUGGCUUGGACUCCAAUCAGAAUGAAAUCAUGACCAAGUCAGACGAGCUGCUGGGAGCAACAGUUUGAGAAAAGGUGGUGAUCAGGAGCAGUGGAGGGGAGAGAAGAUCAACAAUGGAAAUCUUCACGGAGAAGACUAAUGGAAGGCAAAAUUAAUUUCAGAGUGAUUUUUUUCUUCUUCACCUUUGUUCUGCCAAAUUGGAGCUUCCUUUCAGACUAAAACAUCUUUGUCGCUUGUUAGACCUGAUGAUCGGGACUUUCCUUUAAAAACUGAACAAACUGCCAAAAAAAUCUUAAUUUUUCUUUUGUCUGUGUAUUUUCUGAAUAAAUAUACAAAAUAUAUACAAAAAGCUAUCUAAUAUAAUUUUAACAAAAGUAGUGCACAAGAGACUUUUGGUUAAAUGAAGGGUGGAGAAGUAAGGGUGAGAAAAAUGAAACAGGGUAUAGGAUGAAAAAUAUUUUGUUUUUCUAACAUUUUUCUUGUUUUUAAUCAAUGUCAGUAAAAUAUUUUAUUUGUCUUUUAGCUUAUUUGAAGUGGAUAUAUGACAAAUGAAGACGCUCCUGGUUCCCUUGUAGUUUCGAACCAAAAUUUAACUCGUGAUUUUAGGUUAAAUCAUAAUUCAGAAGAUUUACUCUUAAAUUUAAAUUAGUAGCUGACAUGCAAGUGAAUUGUUAUAGCACCAUAGAUGGCAAACUGAGGCAUAGGCAUGUGUUUUAUCAAGCUGUGUCAUAAACACUUAAAGUGAUGUUGCCUGUCAGGGAGAAAAAUCAAUGCAAAACAAAGAGGGAGUUGUUGGGCUUAAUGGGUGUGAAUGGGUUAAUUGUUGCUUAUAGUCAACAUUUCUAAAUGUUCACUUUAUAAAUGUAACAAGUUCUUCAUAAGCUGACAGGGGAGGAAUAAUAGGACACAAAGUUCGGGACAUCAUUAAAUAUUUAUUUGAUUUGGUUCUUUUCGUUUCCCUUGUAGUCACAGUACCGCUGGCUUCGACCAGGAAAAUUAAGCUCCUUGGUUAGGAUCGGGACAAAACACGAGACUGUUCCGAGUUUAGUUGAAAGUUGAAAUCAAAUGAGGGAGUGAGCUAGGUGGCCUUAAUAUUCUUAAUAACUAUACUUUCAGGAAUAAGAUUUCUAAUCUUUUGUCCUUAUCAGAAAGAAUUUCCAUCUUGAACAAAAGUGUACACUUCUGUUCUUUUUUUCCACGUCCACAUGUUGCCUGUAUGCAUUAACUUGAAUGUUCCCCAUGCAUCACGAAGCCUAGUCCUAUCGAUAGUAAACUCAGGUGCAACCAUGUUGUUCUUAAAAAUGAGCACGCCUCUGCUUUUUCACGUUUCUGAUUGUAAAAUAAAAUCUGUUAUUCACUGCUAUAUUUUAGAGGUGAAUUGACUAUUUUACAUAUCUUUCAUCAGCUAAUGUAUUUAACUUUUGGAAGACAUUUUCUGGGUAGGCUAAUUGGACUCUGCAUUGUAACCUCUCUUUAAAUAUCGGAGUUAUAAACAAUACCAUCUUGCUUUGAGAUUAUACUCUCGGCUAACGGUGAACUUGUUCUCAUGAAGUGGUGCAGGAGAAAAACACCGGAGACUACGAUGAAAGUAAAGAGGAAGUGACCUACGUACAUGCUGCUUAAGUGUUGCCUUGACUUUCUGUUUGUCUUUAUUUGUGUAUUUCUAUUAAUAUUUUUUUUCAAAACUCCUUGGAGAGCUGCUGAGUGGGAGCUCGUGAAAACGUUGGCAUCACACAUUCCUACUGCUCCUCCAAUCAACAACACGACUGCUAAGCAAGCCCAAUUCCACUUUGUGAGCUUACGAAGAUUUGAUGCUUCCGGUGCAGAACUCAACUCCGGACAGAAAAAAAAAAACUUUCCACAACGGAAUUCCAAAACUUUCCAAUGAAUCAUUCUAGAAUCCAACCGACAAAGUUCUAGACUCUAACAUGUAUAAGCAAUGGACCAAUCAGGUUUCAGGGAAAAGGCGGAAACCUCUCAUUGAGCUUUCCUGAUUGGACGAUCCUGUUGCGUUCCAGAUGGACUUUGCCGUUGCGUUUAUUCUAUUCUACCAACCACACCACUGACUUUUUGUUUUGUUUUUCAUAAAAGAAAAAAUACAAAAAUAUUAACUUUUUUGCUGCUUCUCUUGUAUACAUUUACAAAAUGAGAGUUCUAGAUUGCAAUAGUUUGUAUUGAGUGAGAUUUAUUGUGUAAGUUUUUGCAUUUUUAAAGCAGAAAGAGCAUUAAUGGGUUAUUGUUUGUAUUAAUUUGUAUAUUAUUCUUAAGCAGAAUAUUAAAGAAAAUUAGCUAUUUACAUCAACUAAUAACCUAAUAUUAAUGUUAUUGUAUGAUUAAUAUUGUUAUAAGAUAUUUGAAAUGCUAUUUUUUAUCCUGUUACAGAGUUAGAGUUUUUAGCCUACACGAGAACAUCUUUGGUAAAUAUUGGGUGUAUUUAGAAUUGUGGAUUUCAAUUUAUAUUGUAAACAUUGUUUAAAAUGUUGAUAUUGUUGACUUGAUUACUGUAAUUAUUUUUGUUAUUUGUACUUAUCAUUGCAUUUUAUUUUACAUUAAUUAUGAAAAACAUAAAGCACUUGCCAGAUAAGUUUAUUUUUUAAGUGCCAUGUGACUACACCUCCGCUCCUUCUCACCUGUUGGUUUCUGAAUCUGUCUGAAAUCAUUCUGUACAUAUUUGUUAUUCUUUUACAGGGAAUAAAAAGUUAAUUUAGUUCAAAUAUGAAUGUCUUGAGCUAGGUUUUCCUUUUCUUUUUGCUACCAAGACUGUCGUGUACUCCUGUAAUAAACUAUAAAGAAAC